UCCGGUGUUGACAUCAGCUAGCUUCAGUAGCUUGUCGCUGUGUGCUGAUUCAUAAAUGCGGUUCUAAUACAUAUAGUGUACUUCACUAUUUCUUUAACAAGCAUUCCCUCAAGAGUCUACAAUGGAGUUUGCUCAAACACGAGUUAUUCUGGGUCAGUAUGGAAAUGAAGUUAUUAAAUCAAAUGGCAAGAGCGCAACCAGUUCCAGCUGUAUCCCUCAAGACUGUCAAAACUUUAUCGUGGAUUAUAAUUGUACGUGUGCAGCACAAAUUGUAAAUUAUACAACCUGCCAUGAUCAUGUAAUAUCAGAUCAGGCUAUUCCUACUGUGCUUUGGUCAAUUUCUGCGUUCAUUUUGCUCCUAUUCGUUUCUGAAUUAAUUCUUAUUCGAUUUGGGCACUCCUUCAUGAACAGUGUGUUUGGAAAGCUGGUGUUUUUGAUGGGUAUAGCUAGCAGUAUUGUUACUCAAUUUUGCACAAUGCCAUACUUGCAAGAGAACAAUCAAAAUAUUACAGUAUGGUAUAAUAUAUGUCUUGGUGGUGUUUCAAUAUUUUUUUUGAUAUUUGGAUUCCAAUUUUUAUUUGAGAAAUCAGAAACAGAUAACAUUGGGUCACAUGACAGAGGUAUGGGACUGGUUGUUGCUAUCAUUUCAUUAUUUCUAGUUGGUUUGGAAGUUGUGCUCAUAGUUAUGGUUUUCAGACGUGAGAAUCUCAGCACUGCGUUUGCUUUAUACUUGUUGGUUUUUGCAUUGCAAAAGAUUAUUCAAGUUGUAGUCUACAUUCGCAUUCGCAGAUGCAAGCCCUUUUCUCAGGAUGAAAAAUUACAAAAAGGAGCUGUGUUUUACUUGAAUUUUUUAUCCUAUUUAAACUUUACUUUAUGGUUAAACAGCAUACCAUUUACAGAUAUACAAAUAUAUGAUAAAGUUUCACAUGGUGACAUUCUAAAGUAUGUUGAUGAGACAUUCAAGGCAUUAGUUAUUGAUUACAGACUUUUGUGUGCUUUGCUCUUUUUGGAGCAUUCAUUGGCAAUUGAUGAUGAAGAAGAUCAACAAGAUGAUCAAUACCACUAUCGGGCAUUUCAAAUUGAAAGAAAGCAUUAUUGUUAUACUGUUUUUGGUGUAGGUAUUGGGCUAGUUCUUCUCGCAUUCGAAUCUUUAAAUGCAGCUCAAUUUUGGAAUGAAGGGUUUCCUCUUGUUGUCAAUCUCUUCCCUAUUAUGUCUGAUCUCAUUUUGGUGCUCUUGGGAGUCAUGUUAUUAAGAAAUGUCCACACGUCUGUUUUGCAUGGCAAGAAAAUCAGUUUUGUUUUCCUUAUGGUGCUAUCAAUGGGUGUUGUUAGCAUUAUUUACUUUUUUUGUUUUGGUUUACUUUCAUUUUCAUCAUUCAAGCAUGAUAAACCUAUCUCAUAUGUACAAUGGUCGGGAUGGGUGUUUAUUUUUCGAGGAUCAAGCAUGUUAAUUUUUCUACUUGUAUAUACUGGUGUUACUGUUCAUACCAUGGAUUUUAUGCAAAAUUUAAAAACAAAAAACUUUCUUUUUGUCUCUGCCCUUUGUUGCGGGCUAUUUGCACGGUUUAUUGGUAGUAUCCUUGAUGAGUUUGGUGGUAUAAUGCAUAAAAUAGCACACAAACACCUCGAAACAAAGAAGCUUCGAGCUCUUCAAGAUUUGUUUGUAAUUGGGCCACUAUUUCAUCUUGCUGCCACUUUGCAUCUGGCGUUACAUUUCUUGCUACUGGUUUGCCGUCUUUUUGAGAAACGAGAGGUUAUUGUGGAUGAUGAAAACGUGCAAAGGAAUGUUAUUGCGGAAGAUGAGAACGUGCAAAGAAAUGUUACUGUGGAAGAUGAGAACGUGCAAAGGAAUGUUACUGUGGAAGAUGAGAACGUGCAAAGGAAUGUUACUGUGGAAGAUGAAAACGUGCAAAGCAAUGGUGAUGUUGAUGAAAAUACACCUUUGUUAUCUAGAACGAUAUAGUUUUUGUUCACAGAAUUUAACUUGUAAAAUAACUUGUUAUUGUAAAUUGUAACGGGAGAAAUAUAAAGAUGUAAAAGAUGUAGGGUCUUUGCAAGGUAAACUAGUGCCGUAAAAAGAAGGGGGGGGGAAUAGAAUAAUAAUAAUAAUCUACGCUCGGAUUUUAUGCUCGAUUAUUAUAGUCUGUUCGCUUUUUAUAAUCUUAUAGAAAUUUAGAAGACGAUUUUGUAAAAAUUGUAAAAAUAACUCGCUUUUGUAGAGGAUGGAAGUGUUACACUUAUAUAGCUUAUUAAAUUUUUUAGUGCUUUGCAUUGUGGAUGUGAUCAGUUUUACUGUAGUAAUUCACUAAUAUAAAGAUUACUGACACGGUUGACAA